UUAUACCCUCUUCACAACCUCCAAUCCACUGCUUACUUCCUACAUUUUAACAAUCGUAUUCGACUUUACUAACACCCGUCUUUGGAUUUUGAUUCCUUUGCCUUCCAAACGCGUAUUUGGAUCAAAAUUCCAGUGGAAUUCUUCCAAGAAUUGUAAAGUCAAGAAACUCUGGAACUAUUAAUGGAAGAAGAAAUCAACCGACUUUUGCGUUGUUGCUUUCCUUUCUCUUACACACGAUUUCGAGACAAAACCAGAACAAAUCUCAGGAGAAUUCCUUGCAAAGUGAAGAAACUGUAGGGAACCUCUAAUGGAAGAAGAGAUCUACGCAAAUGUUGACCACCAUCUGGUGUAUGGUUAUCGAUUCGAUGUUUUCCUGAGCUUCAGGGGUGCAGAUACUCGGAAGAACUUCACAUCCCAUCUCCACAGAAACCUGGUUAAGGAAGGUAUCUGUGUUUUCUUGGAUGAUGAGAAGCUAGAGAAAGGAGAGAGGAUUGGACCAAGCCUCGACAAGGCGAUCGAGGGUUCGCAAAUGUUCAUUCCCGUGUUGUCUGUUGAUUAUGCAUCCUCUAAGUGGUGCCUGAAUGAACUUGUUCAAAUGCUAGAACAAAAGCGAGUGAUUCUUCCUGUGUUCUACCGAGUCGAUCGCGGAGAUGUUCGAGAGCAAAAGGGAACAUUGAAGAUGUCCUUUUUGAAGCACGAGGAGCGAUAUCACAAGGAUGUUCUGGAGACAUGGCGGACGGCUCUGAGAGAUGUUGGAGAGUUGCAUGGGUGGGAGACUGAUAAUAUGGGAAAUCAGAAUGAAGCGGACUUGAUCAAUAUGAUUGUCAAGAGGGUGCUACAUGAGCUCAAUAAGAUCACCUACUAUGUGGCCGAAUACCCUGUUGCGGUUGAUUCACAAGUUGAGAACUUGGUGAAAAUGCUGAAUCCAAAAGACCCUGGAGCUCGAAUUGUCGGGAUCCUUGGACCAGAGGGGAUUGGGAAGACCACCAUUGCUAAGGCCAUGUACAAUCGCAUCGCCCAUCACUUCGACGCUUCUAUCAUCCUAGACAUCAGAAAAUCCACAUCCCUAAUCCAACUGCAAAACCAACUUUUGCGCGAGAUCACAAAGAAUAAGACAAUGCAUGUGGGGGACAUAAGCAGAGGAGUCAAUGUGAUGAGAGAGAGAAUAAAAGAUAAGAAAGUGUUAGUGAUUUUAGAUGGUGCUGAGAGUAGAGAUCAAAUCCAGGCAUUGGCUUGCAAGAAAGAAUGGCUCCAUCGUGGGAGUAGGAUUAUAAUCACUUCUAGAAAAAAGGAAUUGUUGAAUGUAGUGAAUGAGAUUUAUAAGGUGAAUGAGUUGGAUGCGGAGCAAUCUCUCUUACUGUUUUGUCAACAUGCAUUUGGGACAGAGGAACCAGAAGAAGGCUAUGUCGAUAUCGCUAAAAGUAUAGCUUUGGCCACCGGAGGUAUACCUUCAACUAUUGAGAAAUGGGGCUCCCAGUUGAUGGACACAAGAUGUAUGGAUGAGUGGAAAGAUACGUUGGGGAUGGUGGAAAGAAGUAUGAAUUUUAUUCACCCAAAAAAAAAGAAGAAAGAAGUAUGGAGUUUGGUGAAAAUGGAUUGACGGUUCACUAUUCCUAUUCAAUUGUUGGUGGUUUGAAGGUAGAGAUUAGGAAGAUGCUAGGGGCGAUGACACUAUUUAGUUUUUUUGCUCUUGUCAUUAUUUUUAUUUCUUUAUACAAAAUAGAGCCAUUGCCGUAAAUAUACAACCAUUUAUUCUUCUUUUUGCUUUUAUAUUUUGAAAGAUCAAGAAUAUUGAGAAUUUGGUA